AUGUCAAAGUCAUAUUCCUCCAGAACUCUCGACGACCGGUGGGGCUCCGAUUCGGCUUACGCAGGCGAAUCCACCCAAAGCUUUCAAUCCUUUCCGCCCAUUUACUCACCACCAUCCGCUGAGGAGCUCCUAGAACUCACCAUUGAUUCCCCAAGCGGCGAGAUAGUGAACAUCGACUCCGUCACCACCGAUGAUUCCACCACCGAUCCAGAGAUCACCUCUUGCUCGGCUUCGGCUUCCGGUUCAGGUUCAAUGUCUCGCAAUCCAGAGUUCUGGAGCGCCGCUUCUAGUCUUCGGAUCCAGGACAAAGCAGCAACGCAGUUCCCAAGAGUUUUGAGAGAUAAGCUUUGGAGAGUCUCACGUCGAGGUGGCGGUUAUUCUUCUCGUUCUGCUCCGGAGACGGUGGUUCCGCACGAAGGAGGGGAAACUAUCGAUCCGGUUACUUUAUGUCGUUCAUUAACACAUAGAUUCAGUCGAAAUGGUUCGUGCACGCAGAGAGCAAUUCACGGUUUGAGAUUCAUCAGCAGCAAAGAUAACGGUAUUUCUGGGUGGGGAGAAGUUAGAGACAAGUUCGCUAACUUGUCCAAAGACGGUUAUCUUUGUCGGAGCGAUUUCGCUCAUUGCAUAGGGAUGGAAAAUGAAAAUUCUAAAGAGUUGGCGGAGGAGUUGUUCGACGCAUUAUGCAGGAGAAGAAGAAUAAUGGUCGAUAAGAUCAAUCUUCAAGAACUAUACGAGUUUUGGUACCAAAUUACAGACGAAAGCUUUGAUUCUCGUUUGCAAAUCUUCUUCAACAUGGUCAACAAAAAUGGAGAUGGUAGAAUCACAGAGAAUGAAGUAAAAGAGAUAAUUAUAUUAAGUGCAUCGGCAAAUACUCUAUCAAGGUUGAGUGAACGAGCAGAAGAAUAUGCAGCACUGAUCAUGGAAGAACUGUCCCCUGAUGGGCUCCACCCUCAGUACAUAGAGUUAAAAGAUCUAGAGAUGCUACUACUACACAAGGACACACCUCAUAGUUACAGCCAAACGUUCAGCCAAACGAGCCGGGCUUUAAGUCAACACCUAAAGGAUAUGAGAUGGGGGAUAAUUAGGAGCUGGCUAUACUCUUUCCAAGACAAUUUGAAGAGGAUUUGGGUUUUGACACUAUGGUUAACGAUCAUGGUCAUGUUGUUUAUGUGGAAAUGCGUUCAGUACAAACGCAAAGACGCAUUCCAUGUAAUGGGUUAUUGUCUUGUCGUGGCGAAAGGAGCAGCUGAAACAUUAAAAUUCAACAUGGCUCUUAUCCUUCUACCCGUUUGCAGAAUUACCAUCACCUAUCUUAGAUCUACCGCUUUGUCCCAUUCAGUGCCUUUCGAUGACAGUCUCAACUUUCACAAGACGAUCUCUAUAGCAAUCAUCAUUGGAAUGCUUAUCCAUGCAUCUAGUCACCUCGCCUGUGAUUUCCCGAGGAUUAUAACAGCUACAGAGGCUGAUUACAAAAGAUACUUGGUUCACUACUUUGGAGUGAUCAGACCAACAUACUUUGACUUAGUUAAAGGUCCAGUGGGAAUCACUGGAUUUAUAAUGGUUAUAUUUAUGUUAAUUGCAUUCACAUUAGCUAGUCGAAGACUCAGACGGAACCUAACUAAGUUGCCAAAGCCAUUUGAUAAGCUAACUGGAUUUAAUGCUUUCUGGUACUCACAUCACUUGCUUCUUGCUGUUUACGUCCUGUUGAUUAUUCACGGUGUUUCCCUCUAUAUUGAGCAGACAUGGUACAACAAGACGAUAUGGAUGUAUCUUGCUGGUCCGGUUUUACUCUAUGGUGGUGAAAGAAUACUUAGAUUCUUUCGUUCCAGGCUUUACACUGUUGAAAUCUGCAAGGUUGUAAUUUACCCCGGAAACGUUAUUGUGCUACACAUGUCUAAGCCUGCAUCAUUUGAGUAUAUGAGUGGACAAUAUGUGUUUGUUCAGUGUCCUGAAGUAUCAAAAUUUGAGUGGCAUCCAUUUUCUAUUACUUCUUCACCUGGAGAUGAUUAUCUCAGCAUUCACAUUCGUCAGCUCGGUGAUUGGACAGAAAGGAUUAAGAAGGCGUUCUCAGAGAUAUGUCAAGCCCCUGAAGCUGGCAAAAGCGGACUUCUCAGAGCAGACGGACCGAACAAAAUAAGUUUGCCAGAGCUGUUGAUAGAUGGACCGUAUGGCUCUCCAGCGCAAGACCACUGGAAGUAUGACGUGUUAUUACUCGUUGGCCUUGGAAUCGGUGCAACACCUUUCGUUAGCAUUUUGAGAGACUUGCUCAACAAGAUUGUUAAGCAACAUGAACAAGCUGAAGGCCUCUCAGGUAGCUGUAGUAACGGCAGUGUCUCGUCGGAUCAGAGUUUCAGCUGCUUAAACUCGGAAACUGGGAAUAGGAUUUCAACAAGUCAAAGGGGAGUGUUGAAUACCAAGAAGGCUUACUUUUACUGGGUAACACGUGAACAAGGCUCGUUCGAUUGGUUUAGACAAAUCAUGACCGAAAUUGCCGAAUCUGAUAUAAAGGGUGUUAUUGAGAUGCACAACUACUUGACUAGUGUGUACGACGUUGGAGAUGCUCGAACUAAUCUUCUCACCAUGAUCCAAACGCUAAACCACGCCAAGAAUGGCGUUGACAUGUUUUCUGGAACCAAGGCAAUUAUCUCUAUCAAGCCGAAAUGGAAGAAGGUUUUAUCAAAGAUUAGCACCAAACAUAAGGAUGCAAGAAUCGGAGUGUUCUAUUGUGGAGGACCGAGUUUAGGGAAGGAACUCUCCACAUUGUGCCAUGAAUUUAAUCAAACGGGAUGUUCCAGGUUCGAAUUCCACAAAGAACAGUUUUAA